AUGAAGGCCGCCUCCCUGGGGGCCCGGGGGCAGGGCAGGCUGAGGGAUCUGAGUGCCUGGGGCUCUGGGAGGCGGCCAGAACCCUGGAGGCGCAGUGACCGCAGAGUGACCACUAGGACCCCGGCCCCCCUCAGGGAGGCGCCGCCCAGCACCUGUGACAGGGACCAGGCCAGAGUCCAGGGCACAGCUCACACAUCCGCCCCGGGGCCCCCGCCCCCACCAGCCAUGGGCUCAGGCCCCCUUCGUGGCCUCACCAGCAGGGACGCGCAGCAGUCCUGGGUGCUCAUGACCUCGGGCGGGCAGCUCCCGGGUCAUCAGAUCUCACCGAGGAAGGCAGGUCCAUACGGGGAGCCCCCGGAGCCCAGGGCUGCGGAGAGGAGCAGCCACUGUCCCGGAAGUGUCCUGAGCCGGACGCUGGGGGCAGCUGAUCCUCCCACGCGUUCCGGUCUGCAGGCCCUGGCAUCUGACCUCAGGGGCUCGGCCCGGGCUCUGGCCACCACUUAG